UCCAUCCUAUGAUGUUGACUUUGGGGAACAGCUCUUCUCAUCCUGUGUCCUUCAUUCUAAUUGGAAUUCCAGGACUUGAGAAUUCCCAUUUUUGGAUUGCCUUUCCAUUCUGUGCCAUGUAUGUUGUGGCUCUAAUUGGCAACAUUGCUGUCCUUCAUAUCAUCCGAACUGACCACACCCUCCAUGAACCCAUGUACCUCUUUCUGGCUAUGCUGGCUAUUACUGACCUGAUCCUCUCCUCCUCCACCCAACCUAAAAUGCUUGCCAUCCUCUGGUUUCAUGAUCAUGAGAUUGAAUACCAUGCCUGCCUCAUCCAGGUCUUCCUCAUCCAUGCUUUUUCUUCUGUGGAGUCUGGGGUGCUCAUGGCUAUGGCCUUGGACCGCUAUGUGGCUAUCUGCUUCCCACUCCAUCACUCUACUAUCCUGACCCCAUCCAUAGUGUGCAAACUGGGGGCAGUCGUGAUGAUAAGAGGGGUGCUGUGGGUGAGUCCCUUUUGCUUCAUGAUGUCCAGGAUGCGCUUCUGUCCCAACAAGGUCAUUCCCCAAUCCUACUGUGAGCACAUGGCUGUGCUGAAGUUGGUGUGUGCUGAUACCAGAGCAAAUCGUGGAUACGGACUCUUUGUGGCCUUCUCCGUGGUUGGUUUUGAUAUGAUUGUCAUAAGUAUAUCCUACGUCAUGAUUUUGAGAGCUGUGCUGCAGCUGCCCUCGGGUGAAGCCCGGCUCAAGGCUUUUGGCACAUGUGCCUCUCAUCUCUGUGUUAUCUUGGCUUUUUAUAUCCCAGCCCUCUUCACUUUCCUGACCCACCGCUUUGGCCACCAUGUGCUCCAAGUGGUACACAUCAUGUUGGCUAAUCUCUAUCUUCUGGUACCUCCCAUGCUCAACCCCAUCAUCUAUGGAGUUAGAACCAAACAGAUCCGGGACAGGGUUACCCAAGGAUGCUGUGGUAAAGACCCUUGAGCAAAGGGUCACCCAGGCAUCCCUUGAUCUGGGGACAAAAAUGAGGAAAGCUUGCCAGGCUAUAUCACACAUCACCACAAAGUCAUCUCUGUGAACA